AAAUUGAUAAUCAAUAUUAAUUCAUAGUCUUGUCGGAGCUAAUGUUCUCAUAAACGGUUAAAUUCAGAAUUUAGUGAACGUCAGUAUAAUAAUAACAGUAUACGAGAAGUAAAUUGUAAUGGCGCCGCCAAUUCAUGUUGACGUGAGUGUAACAAAAAAUGGAGAAGUUGCAAUUUUGACAAUGUCAGGUACUCAAAACAGAAUUAACAUGAUGUUUUGCAAAAAGUGGCUGAAAGCACUGGACAAAGUGGAGUCCUGGCCGGAGGUGAAAGCUCUUGUUACAACUGGUUCUGGUAAAUUUUAUUCCAAUGGGCUUGACCUUGAAAAUUUGAUGACGUUAACAGAAGAUGAAGGAACUGAAUUUGGUAAACUGUUUUUGGAAUUACGAAGGCGCAUUUUGUGUUUUCCAAUGGUUACUGUGGCAGCAAUUAACGGCCACUGCUUUGCUGGUGGCAUGUUGAUUGCUUUUCUUCAUGACUACAGAGUCAUGCAUGAUGGACGAGGUUGGAUGUGCCUAAAUGAGAUAGAUCUUGGAUUGUUAUUUUCACCUUCUCUAAAAGCAAUAAUAACGACCAAAUUCACUCCAGUGAUGAUCAGGGAGGCUACCAUAUUUGGGAAUCGCUUUACUGGGCCACAGGCAUUAAAACUGGGGUUUAUUGACAAACUGGCUGAAAAUGGUAAAUCUGUCCAAGUAGCUAUUGAUUUGGCUCAAUCACUCACAGCUGGAAGGUCGUAUGGUCGUCAAAUUGUACAUGAUAUGAAGGAAGAUUUUUAUGGCCAUAUUGUUUUUGAUGAUAUGGCAGAGUUGGAGAGACCAAAACCAAAGUUAUAA